AUGACGGACAAGCUACCCCCAAACCUGCUCGCGCUCUUCGCGCCGCGCCCGGCACUGCGCUACCUGCCGCCGUCCGACCAUGCGCCCGAAGCACGCAAGACGAUGCAGAUUGAUGGCGUCGGCAGCUACUUGCAGGCGCUCAAGGACUACGAGGACGAUUACGUGCCUACCGAGAGCUGGUUGCAGCGCAAGGAUCGACUGAAGCGAGAAAAGGCUGAGAAGAUCGAGAAGACUCUCACUGAGGGUGUCGCCAACUUCAAGCCUGCCGACGACCCCAACGUGCGAGGCGACCCCUUCAGGACGCUGUUUGUCGCGCGGUUGUCCUACGACACUGAAACCAAGGACCUGGAGCGCGAAUUCGGUCGUUUUGGUCCAAUCGAGAGGAUUCGCAUUGUACAAGACACGACCAAGCCUGAAGAUGCGCCUUCUAAGAAGAAGAAUAGAGGUUACGCAUUCAUUGUUUAUGAGCGUGAGAAAGAUAUGAAGGCUGCCUACAAAGAGACCGAUGGAAUCCGCAUCAAGGACCGUAGAGUUCUGGUCGACGUCGAGCGUGGCCGUACCGUUUCAGGCUGGCGCCCCCGCCGCCUUGGUGGAGGACUUGGUGGACGCGGAUACACCAAAGCACUCCCCGCUCGCCCCUCAGGUCCUGGUGGUUUUGGAGCUCCCUCGGGACCAGGUGGCUUCAGAGGAGGAUAUGGUGGGGGCUUUCGCGGUCGCGGCGGCUUCCGUGGAGGCGGCGGCGGCUACGGCGGAGGUGACAGAGGUGGUGGGUACCGUGGUGGCGGUGACCGUGGAUACGGAGGCAGGUCCGGAAUCGGCUACCAGUCGAACGGCUGGGGUGGUCAAGCACCUCCAGAGGGCGCGCCAGCAGGUCCUCGCGGCGGCGGUAGAUCUGGCGGCUACGGUGGCCGCGAUGGCCCUGGCGGCGGCGGUGGUGGUGGUGGUGGUGGAUAUGGAGGCAGUCGCUAUGGUGGCGACAGGUACAGCGACAGGGACCGCGGUGCCAGCGGUAGCAACCGGGAGCCAGUGGGAUCGAGGCGCGAGUAUCGCGACCGCGAUCGCGACGGUGGGUAUGGCCGCGACGACUACUCAUCCCGCAAGCGCGGCUACGAUGGCGACAGCUACGAAGACUCCAGGAGCAAGCGCAGGUACUGA